GAAAAAAUUGCAAGCUCCAUUUUUGUCCUUUAGAAUUGUAAAAAAAUAAAAAAGGAAAACAAAAGGAAGACGACCGGAAAGUGAAGGUGCAGUGUGGGAAAAAGGAUUAAAAGCCAUGAGCCUAACUGAUCCACCCCAAGUUGUGGAUUGUUCUAUAAUCCCAGUAUUUCAGGUCCCAAAUGAAGGGGAUGUAUCAAGCUUAGAUGUAAAUGAUGAAGAGAAUGUUGUGUCAGAAGAGAAGAGGAGAAAGAAGAAAAAGAAGCAAGUUUCUGCUCCUCGUCCUGCAUGUUCUUGGGUAUAUUUUAGCCGGGAAUUUAUCAAGGAGUAUAGUGCUUCUCAUCCUGAAUCUUCAGGCCUUAAAGCUGCUACAAAGGCUGCAUCGGAUGCUUGGAAAUUAAUGAGCAUUGAGGAGAAAGAAAAAUACACUCGACGUGCUCGUGAAGUGUGGGAUAAUUACUUGAGCACAACUCCGGCUCGUAUCCCUAAACCGAGGAAGCAGACUAAACUUGUCACAAGAUGCUCUCCUGGCCGCUUAUUCAAUGUGUUACAGCGCCUGACAUCCGAGCAAAAGGAUGCAGUGAAGAGCAUGGGAUUUGGUAGCCUACUUGGUUUGAGAUGCCGCACCCUACGUCGUAGUUUAUGUCUUUGGUUGUUGGAGAGGUUUAACACUACACGGCGCAGUUUGGAGAUAUGUGGGGAGCGCAUUCCUUUAUCCCCGAGAGAUGUAGAGCAUGUAAUGGGACUAGCAGCUUGUGGGAAGGAUGUGGUGAAUUCAGGUCCUGAUGACUUGAUUGCGGACUUGCGUUACAUUUAUAAUGCUACUAAUCGUGGGAUUUCAGUGCGACUUCUUGAAGAACGGUUGGCUGCUCCAGAAGCAGGAGACGAUUUUAAGAGAUCUUUUAUCCUUUACGCAUUGGGUACACUUUUAUCCCCAACAGCAAGAUUAGAUGUUAGUCCAUCGUUCCUCCACUUCUUAAUUAAUAUGGAUGCUGUGCACCAGUAUAAUUGGGGAAAGUUCUUGCUUGAUCGGCUUGUCCGAGAGGUAUCUCGCUUUCGUCAAGGGAAGCAGCGAGCUGUUGGUGGAUGUCUUCUUUUUCUCCAGCUGUUCUAUUAUGAGAGCAUAUCAAUUGAGGGAGCUGGGUCUUCUGCACCUGUUGUCAUUCCGUGUUUAUCUUCAUGGGGAGAGGAAGAGAUCACUGAAAGAGAAAAGCGAGAAAGAGAACUUGGUGGUUAUGGGUGUGGAGAGGUGAUUAGCAGGGAGGGCUGUCAUGAUAUGGAAUCACUAGAAUAUAGAAUCCAAGUGGAAGGCCUAUCGGGUGGAAAAAUGAGCAUGGGAGUUGAGCACAAUCCCGUCUUUGAGCAGGAGAGGACUCAGGCUGACGAAGAACAAAUGAACGAGGAUUUUAGCAUGGAGGAGAUAUGUGUGGUGAAUUUUCCGAAGAGUAAGGGCAUCAUGUGUGGAGACAUGGAGGAAAUUGUUGAACCAGAUGGAAGACCAUGCUGCAACAAAGAAUAUGGUUGCAGUAAAACUGUAGAUUAUACAAGGAAAAAUGAUCACGAAGAAAAAUGCACACAUGCACCAUGCGCAUGCCCACUUCCAGCUUGCAAUUUUGUCGGCUCGUCUGAACAAUUGUCACUACACUUCAGUAGCAAACAUUGGGAUUCCGGAAGGCGUUUUCGGUACAACACCCCAUUGUCCGUCUCGUUGGGGAUGAACGAACAAUUCCUUGUUCUCCAAGCCGAAGAGGACGGUAUUCUCUUCCUCCUCAACAAGAGCGUCGAAAACAUUGGGAAUAUAGCCAUGAUAACUUGUAUUGCCCCAAGCUCAUCAAAGGUAUAUUAUUUGUAUGAUCUUGUAUCUGGAAAAGGAAUGAGCUCUCUUAGGUUAAAAUCGUUGACCGAGAAUUUUCCAGGACGAGUCGAGGGUUUUCCGCCUAUGGAUUUUCUUCUAAUCCCUUUCCGAUUCCUCGGUCCUUCGGGGGAGAUCAAUUUAGAAGUUUGCAUAUGGAACUCCACAGAACUUGGUUCAGAUUGCCCUUGAUAAAUAUAAAAUUGCAUAUUAUUAUAUGAUUCA